AUGGCUCCUCCGAAGGUGAUUAACCCCGAAGCCGGUAGCGGGAGCAGGCUACCGACGGUCAGGGUGUUACGGUCAGCGGCAAGCUCGGCGAACCCAAAGAACUCAGAGCGGGGAACGUCGGCGACUGACCUGGAACGCGAUGGCGCCAGAGAAGCCGACGAGGAAGCUGAGGCGUUCGCGGACGCCGAAUCCGAGUCGGUGAAUGCGCCGGAAACGGCCGCUGGCAGCAGCAGGCAUGGCGACUACGAGCCGCAAACUGCAGCCCAGUUGGCCCAACCCCCAGCGAGCUGCGCAGCGUGUGAGGUGAAUGCGCGGGAGAUAGAGGUCCUGAAGGAAGCGAGGCGGCGCAAGCAACAGCUGCUACGGCAGCAAGAGCAGGAGCAGCCGCGACGGCCCCAGCCAGAGCAGCAGCGGCAAGUGCAAACCCGACCUCAGUCGCAGCCGCAGCGACGAGAGCCGCAAGGAGAGCUGCAAGGAAGGGACCCUCGGGAACGGGGGCAGCAGCAACAGGAGAGGCGCACGCAACAGACGGGUGAGCCCCGGCAGGGGCCUGAGUCCCCAAGGCCCGCAGCCUCCCAGCAACAAGCGCAAGGAUGGAGUGUGCAUCUGGGUCGCCGGGAUCUGCAGAGGCAGAAAAGCCUACGGCGUCGGGAGGAGCAGCCGCACCAGCGGCAGCCACCACCUACUCGGCGCAGCCGCCCGGACGUCGUCCGUGACACCGGAGGCAUCCGACCAUCGCUAACACCGCCAUAUCGAGGUCCAUAUACCGUCGAACGACGGGAUGCUAAAUAUUUCGUCAUCAACGUGAACGGGAAAUCCACCGCCGUGAGCAUCGAUCGAUUGAAGCCGUGCUACCAAGCGGAGCCCAGCGAUGACAUCUCUAGUGACGAGACACCGAGCGACAACACCGCAGCCAGCGACAGCGGCUCAGCGAGCAACGAAGCUACGACCAGCCGCCCGACGACACCACCAUCACGACCGAAGCGAAGCCGUACAUUUUGGCGCCAUCUAGGCGCCAAACUAGGCGCCAACAACUAG